AUGAUUGACGAAGAGGUGGGCAUGGGUCAAGAAGGAGGUGAUGAAAAGCCCGUCUCUGAUACCCUGACCCCACCACAGACACAGCCUGGUGUACGUCACAGCUUUGUACAAGAGCACUUCCAGGCACAAUAUAAGUCAUCUCUGACAUGCCCACAUUGUCUUAAGCAGAGCAACACGUUUGAUCCUUUUCUGUGCAUUUCCCUCCCCAUACCUCUAAGACAGACGAGACCAGUGUGUGUGACUUUGGUGUUUAGCAGUAAAGGACAGCGGUAUCUGAGAGUGGGGCUCGCUGUGCCUCUCUUUGGCUCUUUGGCAUGUCUGCGCCGGAUGGUGGCAGAUGAGGGCAAGAUCUCUCCUGAUCAGGUAAUAUUGACAGAGAUCUACACAACAGGUUUCCAGCGCUCAUUCUUUGAUGGCGAUGACUUGACCAGCAUUGCAGAGAGUGACAUCAUCUAUGCCUUCCAAGCUCCACCCCUUUACAUCAGGGGUGGAUCUGCACGAAUCUCAGGGUUCCACCACAGUCUUCCGUCCUCUCCGUACACCUCGUCUGGGCCGGAGGGUCACAGACUGGCAGCGUCCGGAGCACUGUCCUCGGAGUUCCUGAACCAGGCCGAUGGGAUGGUGAAGAUCUUGCUGUUGGUGUGUAAUGCAGCCGGAGCAGGACAGCAGGCAGUGAGAUUCGGUCCUCCAUUUCUGAUGAGAGAGGACAGGUCAGUGUCGUGGGACCAGCUACAGCAGAGCAUCCUCAGUAAACUCUACUAUCUAAUGAUCAAUGGAUCACAGGCACAUAGUUUCAGGGUGUUGUUCAAGAUUCGUGUUGUUGGGGGAUCUGUAGCUUAUAGCUACUUAAAUCCCCAAGACGGACGGCCACUUUAUCACCCUGCAGUGGACAGAGCUCUAAAGCUGUGCGGCUCAGGUGGGCCGCCGCAUGUGAAGCUAAUUGUUGAGUGGGAGCACAGAAUCAAAGACUGCCUGUUUGGUAACAUCCAAGAGGAGGUGGUGAAGGACUCGGAAAGUGUUCGUGCUCAACAACAACACCACGUUCAACAGCACAGCUGCACCCUGGAUGAGUGCUGUGAGCUCUACACUAAAGAAGAACAAUUGGCCCCUGACGAUGCAUGGAAGUGUCCUCACUGUAAGCAGCUGCAGCAGGGCAUGGUGCAGAUGAGCUUGUGGACCCUCCCAAACAUCCUCAUCCUUCACCUCAAACGAUUCCGACAGGUGGGAGAGCGCCGUAACAAGCUCUCCACGCUGGUACACUUCCCCCUCACUGGCCUCGAUAUGGGCCGCCACAUGGUCAAGAGGAGCAACUGUGCCCGUCCACCACCCGGCUGGAAACAACAGGCCCAUCACCGGCCCGAAGCCAGCCGACACACACUGAACUUCCUGUACGACCUGUACGCCGUGUGUAACCAUCAUGGAGGCAUGCAUGGAGGCCAUUACACAGCAUACUGCAGGAACUCAGUGGACGGUCAGUGGUAUGCCUACGAUGACAGCCGUGUUGAGCCGGUGCCUGAGGGGGAAGUGUGCACACGUGGUGCUUAUAUCCUCUUCUAUCAGAGACGAGAUGCCAUCCCAUCCUGGUCAGCUAGCUGCUCUCUACAAGGUUCCCCCAGCUCCUCUACAUCAGACCACUGGCUCAUCCAACUCAACGCAGACAAACAAAUAUCAAAUUCAAGUAGCAAGCUGUCCAAUUCAUCUUCAGCUCCAGAGCCCCAGACACCACACAUUCCUAUCAUCCAUGAGCCUCAAAAUGAAGACAGUGAUGUAGUUGAGCCGACGCCUUUUGUACGAAGCGUCCGGGGCCACAGUAUGAGUAUGCGCUACCACUCCAAAUCCAAGACGGGCUCAAGCAAAGUUCUUCCACUGCGCUGGUCAUUUGCUUCUAAGGACCGCAGAAAGCCCUCCAGCGUCGCUCCAAAAAUCGGAAAUGACGAGCUGGUGGAGUACCUUGAGUCCGGCCGGCGACCUCGAUGUACCAAAGAGCCCAUAGUAAGUAUCGUGGCUAGUCCUUCACAGGUCAAAGCCCAGCUUUGCAAGGACGAUUCUCUGAGUUCCCCUAGCUGUAGCAGUAGUGUGGAACGAAGUAGUUAUCAAGGUCCGGAUUCACCCAGACUGCCCGAAGGCCAGAGCAGACCAGCAUCGGAUCUUAACGGCGUCACAUCCAAUGGCUCGUUGGCCAAAAACAGUUCAAAAAGCAGACAGGAGCACGAAAGGACUCAGGCCAGUAAGUCGCUUCAAAGUUCCCCUACUGUGCUUUUCAACGGUACUAGCAACAGUGCAUCUCAUUCAAGAGACUCCACGUUAAAACAGCUACGAAACCAGGCGGCAACGACUAGCAGGACUCAUCCCAGCCAGACUCAGACGGCCACGGGGGAAAGCAGGAGUAAAGAUGGCACCAUCAUCAGCACCGCCAGACUGCAGGAUAAGGAGAUGGGUCACGGGAAGACGCUUUCCAGCAAGAGCUUGACCAAACUGUCUCUAUCCAAUGGGACUCUAAAUGGAAAGGGCAUUGAGGUGAGGAAGACUGGCACCGCUCACAAGGGCACCAGUAAAGUGGUUAACGGCAGAGAAAACCAGGUUUGUUCGAGCACAGCUGAUAUAAAACGCGCCCACAGCUCAUCCAAUAUUCAGAGCAGGCUAGAUAUGACUUUGAAAAGGACGCUGUCUCUCCAAAGAAACAGUCCAUUGGUGCCGGCCCACCAUAAAGGACUUGCGGUAGAUAAAUCCUCCUAUGCAACACUACAGAGAAUCAGAUACAGCAGCACUUCACUUGGCAGACAGAGACCUGUGCCUGAGUCCUGCUUCUGAUGGGUUUAAUCUUCACUGUGGGAAAUAGUGUUUGUAUAUAUGUUUUAUGUAUAUGACAACAUUUAAAUAGUGCAUACUAUUGCUCUUUUGCAAAACCUAGUGAGCACUGAAAAGCAUUCUAUGCACGUUUCCAACACAAAGCCUGCUUCAAAAGGCUUAAAACGCCUCGUUUUCACCAAAGGCAGCAGACAGACUUUAAAGAGAUUGCAGUCCUAUAAUGCAUUGCAACAAAUUCAGUGAACAAAUCCAAGACGACAAGUGAAACGAGAGAA